AUGAGCAUAAAUAAUUAAUAAAGUUGCUACUCUUUUGUGGAUCUGUCUCCUGUCAUAAAUUUUACUAGCUGCUUAAUGCCAGUGCAAACAAAAAUAACUAAUUUCCUUCAUGGCGACAAUAGACCUAGCACUUUGAAUUAGUUACCUAGCCAAAAUAAUAUUGGAAGCGCUAUAUUUGACAAAACAGAAGACCCAAAGAUUAAUUUUAAUAAAAAUCAUUAUUUCGCAUAUAAUCCUAAUUUAUAUAUAUUUGAUGCUAGUAGUCAUCAUAAUUUAUACUUUCCUCACAACAAUCCAGAAACAAACGAUUUUUCAUAGUAAGAUGAAAUGAAUCAUAUUAAUCAUAAGCUUGAUUCAGUUAGUAUUUUAGUAAAAAAGGAUAUUUCACAUGAUAAUGUAUAGCAAUAAGAACCUUUUGAUACUGAAUAGGAAGUAGGUAUGCCAAAAUAUAGCAAUAUUUGUACACCUCCUACUCACUCUAAUAAUAGUGAUUUAUUUGGUAUGGUUUAAAUUUAACCAGACUCAAAAUAUUUACAAACCUUAACACCAACUCAAAAGAAUAAUUCCUCUUAAUAUAGUCCUAAAAGUAAUAUACCUACUCCUAAUAUUACAUAAGCCAUUUCUUCAGCGUCAGAUAAAAUGAACUAAUGUGCAUUUAGUGAGUAAUAAUAAUUUAAAUAAUUAAUUAACAAUAAUAAUUAUCUCAACAAUAAUCCAAUUUAUUCAAAUUAAAAUGCAUUUGGACUUGGAAAGUAAGAAUAUUUUUAGGGGGUAAACAAUCCUAUUAAUGGUUUUAACUCCUCUUUGAGUAAUAAUUUAUAGAAUAUUAGUAAAAAUAAAACACAUGAAAACAUAAAAGAAGAAAUGAAGAAAAGAUAAGAGUAAUUGAAUUAAGGUCAAAGCAAUUACUAGUAAAAUUACAAUCAUUAUAAAAUAAAUGCCUAAUCGACAAGCUCCAUUAACUCAUAGGCUUCUAUAUCAUCCACUUCCUCAAUAAACGACUAAUCUAUAUCUAAUUAAAAUAACAGUAAUAAUAACGUAUGUCUAAAAAUUAACUAUCCCUUACAGUAUGGUAAUAGUAAUCAAAUGCAUGGGAUGGUAGUAAAUAGUUUGACCUCUUCUCUACUUGCAGGAUCUUCUUCGCAUUCUGUAGGAGGAAUUUAUACUGCCAACAAAUUAAAUAUUCCAAUAUCUAUGACUACUUCAGUUAAUAAUACAAUUGUAGAAGAAAAGGAAAGAGACUUUAAAGAUCGUAACUAAUAAAAUUCUAAAGACUCUAACUCAGAUGACGAAGGGUAUGACAAUAGCAACAAAUAGGCAGUAAAUAUUGAUAUGUAGGAAUUUGCAAGAAAAGUAGACUUUUGCAAAUGUAAAAAAUCUAAGUGCUUAAAGCUUUACUGUGAGUGCUUUUUAAGAGGUAAUUAUUGCAAUGAUCAAUGCAUAUGCACUGAAUGUGGUAACAAUGAUAAAAAUUUAGAAGAACGUGAGAAAGCUAUUGAUGAGGCUAAAACAAGAAAUUAAGAUGCAUUCAACUUGAAAUUUUAGAUUACAAGCAAUUCUACAGUAACUCACAAAAAAGGGUGCCAUUGCAAGAGAACUCAUUGUUUGAAAAAAUACUGCGAGUGUUUCAAUGCAGGAUUAAAAUGUACUAAUAACUGUAAAUGCGAAGAGUGUAGAAAUACUUAGGAUGGAUUAAAAACAAUGGGAAUUAGUGGUGGUGGUACUUCAGGACUUAACACGUUAAUCAAAGUUGAUGAAGAUGUUAAUUCUUCAGAGAUAAACUCACAGAUGCUUCAAUCUAUUGAUUAUCAACUUCAAUAAGGGCCAACUGAAAGAAAAAUUAGCAUGUGCUCUUCAACUGGUACAUCAGGUCUUUAAAAUAGAAAACGUACAAGAAGUGAAGUAUUAGAUUAGCUGACAUCUAAAAAUGAGAUUCAAUCAUUGCAAUAAACUGAUUAAUUGGAGCCUGAAAUUCGCAAAAAGAAAAACUCUCUUUGUUUAAAAUAAAAUCCACAAAAUAGCUAAGUUAAUUCUGGUUCUCAAAUCAAGAUAAAGAGCUCAUAUUAGCCUAAUUAAACCAGCUAUAAUUCUUUUGAAUAAAAUUUUGUAUACCCAACUUCAAACAAAAAUGGUGCAAACUUUUAAUCAACUACUGUCUUCCAUAAAAAAAUACAAUCAUGA